CCGAUCUACUUUCCAUCUCAUUGUUCACCGUGCGCCCUUCAUUCUGCCAGGAAUGACUCUCUUUUUGCCUGCGGUGGCCCUACUCUAGCCGUGUGGUCGAACAUCCCCGCUUUGCAGCCGUCUGCCGCAAGCACGCCUGUCUCCUCCUCCGGGCCCUUUCUCUCCCCUCUUUCUCUUUUAUCUCAUCGCCAGACCACAGGAUGAUUACUGCUACAUCUUUUUUAAAUCACCUCGGCAGCCGACCGCCGCGGUAUCGCACUCCCUCGCCGCCGCGACGCGCCGUCGAGCCUAUCUCGCCUUGUUCGACCUCCGACCUCCGUGCCUCAUGGGUCGACUGCAACGUCUUCAGAGUUGCCGCCUCCGAUCGCGACCACUUCUUACCAAACAAUGCCGGAUACCACCAUGAUGAUGGGACAGCGGCUCAUCGGUCGAGCCAUGGCCGCUCCGGUUCCACCAUCGACGCCCUCGCGACGAUCGCUUUAGCGACGAGUCCGACUUUCGCACCUCUCUCCUACAGACCUCCUUCACAAAACUCCACCCCCGCCAUGUCGCUAUUCCCACCCGAGCCCAUAGACUCCGCAGAACGUCCGACAAAGCGCCCACGGUCGGAAAAAGAUCAGUCGCCGUUCCUCCAGCACCGGACAGUGGCAGUCUCAGAUGCAAAUUCUGCUUCGCUGUUUGACAGCAUGAAGACGGAUGCAGAGCUUUUGCUGAACCUUGCGCGACCCACAAAUUUCCAUCCCCCUGCUUCUGCUGCAAAGCGUGUCAGCAUCGACGAGUCAUUUUAUCAUUAUGGGGAUGAACAAAAGCGGAAUUCCAUGGCGGACUCGGGAGGUUCGAGCUGGAGGGUCAACGACGAAAAAUACACAUACACUACAUCCGGGAAUCCCAACCUGCCGCCGUCUCGGCUGAGGUCACAGUCCGAUGGAUCGGCCGCAAUCUCACGCCCAGUGAUCCAAGGCGUGCGGCCUAAUACGAGCUCCUCCACUCUUCCACCAAUCCUCUGGCAGGAGGAAGGGGACGCCGGAGACGACCAUUGGGUCUUGACGACCAAAAGUGCCGUGAACGGUAUGCCGUCCGGUGCACGAAGCUCAAUACACGCCACCGAUAUUACGCAAAUGCCGACAGACCAACCCUCCAAGGUCGAGGACGACACGGAAUUUGAGGAUUCCAGCCAGGCUAGUUGUGCAGCUUGCAAUCUCGUCCGAAUCCCGAUAGACACUGGCGAACAAGGCGAUGUGACAUGGAUCAGUUGCGAUGGUUGUAAGCGGUGGUUUCACAUCGUUUGUGCCGGGUUUAAAAAUGACCGCGAGAUUCGGACGGUCGACAAGUUUAUCUGCCGAGGAUGUCGGCUAGUCCACGGACACACUACAUUUGUUCGCAAAUCUUCUCGAGCUCGCACCGCUAUUGAUUAUGCUGGCCUCAACCAAGGGCUCGUGAAGGCCGCUACGGAUUCCUUGGAACAUCACUACAUCGAACCCAUUCGACAGGGAAAAAUCCAAUUUCUCCCUGAACGGUUCCCUCGGAUGCGUCCCGAGCUGGUCACCGCUGAAUAUUUCGAGCGAGGCAACGGCAUGACGGAACCGAUUGUUAUCCCCGCGGAAUGGAACACUCGUGAGUCCGUCUGGCUCAACGAUUCUAAGCUCGAUGCUUUGGCCCAGGAAGCGCCUACGCAAGAGAUGUUUGAUGAGUUUCUUGAGCACCUCGUCGAAGAGGAAAAGGACCAUGAAUCGGUGGUGGAUUGCGGUCAGGACCAGUUAGACAUGGUGAUCCCUCAAGGCCUCACCGUUCGAAGAGUUGCGGAGCUUUAUGGUCCGGAAGAGAGGGUGGAGGUCAUUGACGUGAAAUCACAACAGGGAGAAGACAAGAGAUGGACCAUGCAGAAGUGGGCAGACUAUUACGAGAGCACUGGCGACAAGGUUGUCCGAAACGUCAUUAGUUUGGAGGUGUCGCAGAGUCCAUUGGGUAGGUUGAUCCGCCGACCAAAGGUUGUCCGUGACCUUGAUCUCCAGGACUCCGUCUGGCCUGAUGAACUCAAGGCUGUUGGUGACUACCCGAAAGUUCAGUUCUACUGUUUGAUGUCUGUCGCCGACUGCUAUACCGAUUUCCAUAUCGACUUUGGAGGGUCAUCAGUGUAUUACCAUAUCCUGAAAGGCAAAAAGACCUUCUUUUUCAUCCCGCCCAAGGAUAAACACUUGAAGAAGUAUGAAGAGUGGUGCAACUCCCCCGCUCAGGAUUCCACCUUUCUCGGCGACCAAACCAAAGAAUGCUACCGCGUGGAUCUUUCUGAAGGCGAUACGAUGUUAAUCCCAUCGGGCUGGAUCCACGCCGUCUGGACCCCUGAAAACAGUCUUGUCAUCGGCGGCAACUUCCUAACGAGGCUCAAUUAUGGGAUGCAGAUCAAGAUCGCCCAGAUUGAGAAGGACACCAAGGUCGCAAGAAAGUUCCGGUACCCAUUUUUUCAGAAGAUCCAAUGGUAUACCGCGUUGAGGUAUCUCGAAGAUGACCCGCUACCUGAAAGCGUACUGGAAGCCUUCGCACAAGACGAAAACCACCGCUUUCACCGAGGAUACCCUAUCUACUAUGAAUUUGGCGACCGAGCAAAUCAUGCACCUGCUGGGUCACCCUAUCACAACUCGCGCUUCUAUUCACAGGCCGAACUAGAAGGGUUACCCGAUCUUGCAAAGUACCUUCUCCGUACUGCCCUAAUUGCAGGCUCCUACCUUGUUGAGGGUGUAACAAUGGAUGUCAGGAAUGCAGUCCGGCGAUCGAUACCCAAGGUGCUGGGAGACCCGGUCGAUACAGUGAGGAAGUUCGGGAUUUGGGUGGCCUGGAAGCGCGGCAAUGAGAGAGCACCGCACUGGACUCGUCCUGGAGUGAUUGAAAGCAACGCAAAGCUCAGUCUCACGGAGAAGAAGCCCGCCGGAAGACCCAGUCGUCGCUCCGAGCGUAAUGCUGACAGUCAGCGCACAUACGCGGAGAGACAGGCCGUGCAGCGGCUUCCGGAGCAACCUCGGGACUCUCCUACUGAGCUCAAUAACCACAGCAACUCAAGUGUUCCCUCCAGUUCCGGAGCUGCUAUGCCAGACAGCUCGGGUAGUGGAGCAAAAGAAGAGGCUGCUCCCAAGCCGCGCUCUGCACCCCGGGGCUCUGGAUUGGGUCCCAAGCGGGUUGCCUGUGAUGCUUGUCGCAAACGAAGGAUCCGGUGUCACCAUAAAGACGAACACAGCGACGGACUCUCCGGCAAGCAGACAGCCGUGGCCGCUUUUGCUACCGGGAACCAUUCGUUGGCACACGACGCGGCAUCGGCGCUGAACUCACUUGCCGCUAUUGCAUCGGAGGCGGGCUUCCAGGACAAUGGAAGUGGUAGGAAUCCGGACCGGUUCGAGGUUUCGGGAAAGUUCAACUCGGCCAUCUUGAGUACGCCGCGUGCACCCGUCAACGGGCUCGGACUCAAUGAUGCCAGCCCAGAAGGCGCCAACACCGGAAAGAAGGGCCGCAGCAAGGCCUGUGACGACUGUCGGAAGAGCAAGCGCCGGUGUAUCCACGAUGAGUACGGUCGAAUCGACCCAGUCAAGGCUCAAGAACGAGCAAAGCCACGUGCUGCCGCUUCUGCUAAACGACCUCGCACGAACGAAGAAGGAGUCGGCUCGAUGCAUAGCAAACGGAUGAAGCAAGAAAGCACGUCGCCUACGUCGAGACCGGCGCAUCUCAGUAACAGCCGUGAGGGUGGUGUGCCGGAGACGCAAGAUGCUCGCCUGUCUGAUCAUGCUCAUAGCGCCGUGGAUUUCCAAGCCCCCUUCGCAGAUGCGCCGCAGGUUGACCAAGUCUUCCCACGACAAUCGGACAUGACAGUCGAGGAGAAGGAAGCGGCCCUCGGCCCGACCUCAUACGCAUCGCCGCCUUCGUUCCAGACUGACGCUGUCGACGCGAAGGAGAUCGACUCCGCACCUGUCUCUAAGCCGACUGCCACCCUUGUUUCACCGCCGACCUCGCUGGCCGACGAGACAGACGUUCCUCAGGACCAUGUGGAUGGGGAGGGAGAUCAUGCGAUGGUCCUCCACACGCCAACAUCAAGUUCUCGGCACUCCUCCCGCCAACCCCGCCAGGUCGACAGAUACGUACCUGAAGUGCAUGUUCCCAAGCUGGUCAGGGCCCCGACACAUACGCCCACUGCACGCCGCUCUUCGUUCGGAGGGUCAAGUGGUGGUGCGCGCAAAUCCACCCCGGGUCCGUUUUCGGGCUCCAAGAAGUCGUCCUCGCGGCCCUCCUCGUCCUCACAUGCAAAGAAGAGCUUUUGGUCCACCGAUGAAAGAAAAGGAGAGCGGCAAGCUACAUCGUCGACGUCCCCUGGACAGCCGGGCAAGAACCCGAAGCGUGUUGCAGACGAGGAGCCGGAUGCCGAGAGCCUUCGCUUGAUUCGUGAACUGCAGGAAGCCGAGUUUGGAUUACGAAAAAGAUCCACGCGAGUUUGAAGGCGGGUCGGCUGCGGUACCUGGCUCACUCACCGAUGGGGAUUCAUGCUGGGUAUGAUUUUCUUGUUUUUGCACCAUUUUAGACCACCUAG